AGAGUGAGAAAGUCACAUGACCUGCAGCUCAUUCCAGAGCUGGGGAUAGAAGGCACGCUCUCAUUUAUUAUUACACCACUGCCGCAUAGCUGACGAUCCAGGAGCUCUGAAAAGCUUGCUUGGAUAUCGUGCACACACACACAAAAAGGACUUCAUACGUUGCGAUGCCAGAAGAAACAGUGAUUCAGCAGCAGGCUGUGCAAAGCCCGACGGCACAGCAGAAAACGGGGCGAGGCCCCGUCCCCUGCCAGAACUGCGGGAAGCCUUGCAAAGGGGAGGCCCUGCGAGUCCAAAAUAAACACUUCCACAUCAAGUGCUUCGUUUGUAAAGUAUGCGGAUGCGAACUGGCCAAUGGGGGCUUCUUCCUGCGACAGGGCGAGUACAUGUGCACGCUGGACUACCAGCGGCUGUACGGGACGCGCUGCUUCAGCUGCCAGGACUUCAUCGAAGGAGAGGUGGUGUCCGCCCUUGGCAAGACCUACCACCCGCGAUGCUUUGUUUGCGCCGCUUGCAAGCAGCCAUUUCCGGCUGGUGACCGUGUGACUUUUAACGGGAAGGAGUGCGUCUGCCAAAACUGUACCCAGCCGCUUCCUGCGAACAGCCCUGCACCCAUCCAGGCUGUCCACAACUGCUGCGGCUGCGGGAAAGAGUUUAAAAACGAACAGUCCCUGGUAGCCCUGGACAAGCACUGGCAUCUGGGCUGCUUCAAGUGCAAAGUGUGCAACAAGGUCCUCAAUGCCGAGUACAUUAGCAAGGACGGGAUCCCCUUUUGCGAGAUGGACUAUCACGCCAUGUUCGGCAUCCAGUGCGAGAGCUGCAAGAAGUAUAUUACCGGAAAAGUCCUAGAGGCCGGGGAGAAGCACUAUCACCCGUCAUGUGCCCGCUGUGCCCGUUGUGAGCAGACGUUUGCAGAAGGAGAAGAGAUGUACCUCCAAGGAUCUUCAAUCUGGCAUCCCCCGUGUAGACAAGCAGCCAAGCAGGAAGAGAAGACUAAGGUGACUCGUACUUCAUCCGAGAGCAUCACAUCCGUCCCGGCGUCCAGUGCCUCAGGCUCUCCCAACAGAGUCAUUUUUGCCAAACUUGGAGAAGAGCUGCUGGACUACAAGGACCUGGCAGCGCUUCCGAAAACCAAAGCCAUCUACAACAUAGACCGACCAGACAUGCUCUCGUACUCGCCCUAUGUCAGCUACACGUCUGAAGAGAGGCACUACAGCGAGGGUGAUGGGGAGAAGUCACCGAGUCAUCAUAGGCCCUCCAGUCCCAGUUCCAACAGCUCUUUGGGGGGUUACGGACGUUACACUCCGUCCCGGUCCCCUCAGAACAACAGCCGACCCGGACCUGAAGUAGAGUGCCCGGGUACACCCGGGCUUUUCUCGGGUGGCGUCAAGCUCACCUCCAGCUUGGCCGGGGCUUCCCCUUCCCUCCCCGUGCGCCAUUCGCAGGGGACUGAAGGGUGUAGCGCUGCUGCUAGCACCACCUUGUGGCCUGGAGGUCGAGGUGUGUCAUUACACCUGAACCCCACCACGUUGUCCAUGCUGCAGCAGCACAACUUCAUCCCUUACUUCCGAGGUAGUGAAAGUGGGCGGAGUACCCCCAGCCUAUCCGCCUACUCUGACUGCAAAUCCCCAUCGUCCGCAUCAACGUACGUGGCUGCCCCUCGCCAUUUCCACAUACCAGAGACUGAGGUCAAAGAUAAUAUCUAUAGAAAACCCCCCAUCUACAAACAGCAUGCUUCUAGAACAUCCUGGCAGGAUGGCGAUGAUGGCAAGAGGAGUAAUUGGAUGAUCAUGAAGAGCGACAUUGAUGGACACAUGGGUCCAGAAGACCACAACCCGUCUAAGUCAACCUGCAGUUUGCCAAUGAAUACCUCUGGGCCAAAUUUCCCUCAUUAUAAAUCUGCAUCCUUACCUGGUUACGGAAGGAACGGCAUCUACAAGGCUGCUGAGAUGGUUGAGCAUGAAGUGGAUCCUGACUCCCAAAGCUGGGGAGGCAUGAGAGAGUACAAGGUGUAUCCUUAUGAAAUGCUGGCGGUGACACAUCGAGUGAAAGUGAAGCUUCCCCGAGACAUCGAUCGCACCCGACUGGAGAGACAUCUGUCGCCCGAAGACUUCCAGAAGGUGUUUGGAAUGACUCUGGAUCAAUUUGAGCGUCUGGCACUUUGGAAAAGAAACGACUUGAAGAAGAGGGCUCGUCUUUUUUAGCAUUUGCCGCCCCCCGCCCCCCUCGCUCCAAAGCUUUGUGUGUGCAAUACGAUGGCAAUGUUGGACUGGCGAGCUUCCAGAUGAGCUGCAGUCAUGUUUGCAUGCCCGUGCUUGUAGCGCCGCUCGCACUCAAACAUCUGCUCUCAGCUCCUUUCCACGCUCAAGUUUUCUCACCUUCAUUUAGCUUGAAAAUUCAGAAAAUCCUCUAAUUCACGUUUAAAGUUUCCUAUUUUUCUGCAUCCAAACUUGCAUUCUCUUCCAAUUAAUUCCCGUGGAAUUGCAAUCUUUUUUCUUUUCUUUUUCACAUUUAUGCUUGUCAAAUUACGCUUUCUUCUUUGUCAUAUCAUAACCCCCACCCUCAACAAUACCUUUUUUUAUCGGGAUAUUACAACUUUGUUCUUUUUCUGCGUAAAACUGGAAAUUCUUGAGAAUAUGAUCUUCUCAAAAUGCUAAGGGCAAAGGUUGCAAUGUUACGAGAAAAUGUUGUCAUAUUAUGACUUCUUUUUAUUGUGACUAUUUUAUUUUUAAUAUUAUGACAAAAGACAUUUUGUAAUACUGUAUUUAUUUUAUUUUGACGACUUUAUUCUUAUGACUAAAUUGCAAAAUGAUGACUUUUUGGUAAUCUCGCUUUAUGUCUUGCAUUUUGAUGACUUUAUUCUUGUUAUUUUAGAAUUUUAUUGACAUACAUUUAUGACUCUUUCUUCUAACAUUGGGCUUGCAAACUCUUGAAAAUACGAUUGUUGUUGUAAUAUUACAACUUUUUCUCUUGUAUUACGAUGACCUAAUUAAUUUGACUUGACUUGCAAAACGUUACAACUUUUUCGCGUCGGUUACGAUUUUAUUCUCAAAACAUUCUGACUUUUCAUCUUCUGUUAAAUCAAAGUUACGACAUCUUCAGAUAUCUCACAAUUUUCUUCUCAUAACAUCAUGACUUCUUAUAUUCCGACUUUAUACUUAUGUCCAUGUAAUAGUCGGGUUUUAGUCUCAUAAUAUAACAACAUUUUCUCAUAUUACUACGACUUCACUCGUAAUAUUACAACUUUAUUAUUUUAGGUUUGUAGCUUUUUCAGGUAAUAUUGAAAUUUUUAUCAUCGCUUCCCAUUCAUUUUUGUGGUUUGCUGCUAAAUUCUCGUAAGAACAUCAGAUGAUUUUUUUCGUGUUUUUGCACACACCUCUUGGUUGUUUGGAUUCAGACACACUGUACCAUCUUUUCUUUCUAUUGUUGAUCCCGCACUGAGCGAUUGUCAAAGCAAUGAUUCCAAAAUGAAUCCAAAGCGAUAGCGUAGCAUGUAAGAUUGUUUCAGCAUUAUUUAUUCAUCCUGCUUUGUUUGUUGCUUGAAGGCAUCAUGGCAUACUGCAAAACUAAAACUCACAACAAUACUGCAAGAUGUACUGUAUGUAAGCGUCUACUACUGACUACAUAUACAAUAUAGGAUAUAUUUAUACAAGUCAUUGCAUGAUAAUGAUACUUUUCUGCUGAAACGAUUAAGUCAAAUGAAGGAUCAGCUGCUCGCCAUAACUUAUUUAUAGUAUUGUGAUAUGAAGGAAGGGAUUUUAUUUUUAUUUGUUUUGAAGUUAUAUACAUGCAUAUUGAGUUUAUUUUGCGUCUUGUAUGUAAAACACUAACUGUUUCCUGUUUCUAAUGUUCCUCUGCCAUUAAAGUGCUUUAACCAACCGCA